AUGAGCUCGUACUUUGUAAACUCGUUCUCAGGGCGCUAUCCAAAUGGCUCCGACUAUCAGUUACUAAAUUAUGGGACUAACGGCGCUGUGAGCGGCUCCUUCAGAGACCCUGGCACCAUGCACUCCGGGUCUUUCGGCUACAACUACAAUGGCAUGGACCUAACCGUGAACCGUACCAACACCGGCAGCCACUUCGGUGCAGUGAGAGAGGAUGCCCGGGGGUUCGCGCCGGACUCCCGGUACAGACAGACACCCAACUGCUCGCUCUCAUCUCCAGACCCGUCUUCGUGCGUCUCGGGCAACCGGGAGCCGCUGGAACUAAAAAGCCCCUCUCCGCCGAUUGACCGGAGCACGACCUCCUCAAGCUCAGGCGGGAACACACUCAACAAAAGCAACAGCGCUCAUUUCACGGAGAUAGAGGACGCGGCCACCAUCGCCUCUGAGACCGAGGAGGGCGCACACAGCAGCGGGGGAUCCAACGCGGCACCUCGGGCUCAGCAGCAGCAGCAGCAGCAGCAGGAACCCAACGCCACCUCCUCUACUCCCACAUCAAAUGAUUGCCAAACGCCACAAAUAUUCCCCUGGAUGAGGAAACUGCACAUAAGCCAUGAUAUGACUGGACCUGACGGCAAAAGGGCCCGAACCGCGUACACCCGCUACCAGACGCUAGAGCUGGAGAAAGAGUUUCACUUCAAUAGGUACCUAACCAGACGGCGGAGGAUAGAGAUAGCCCACGCCCUGUGUCUCUCCGAAAGACAGAUCAAAAUCUGGUUUCAGAACCGCAGGAUGAAGUGGAAGAAGGACAAUAAACUGAAAAGCAUGAGUCUCGUGACGGGAGGAAGCGCUUUCCACAACUGAAUAACACUUGGGGGAGAAAGAAAGGAAGGAAGGAAGGAAGGAAGAGAGUUAAAAGAAAAAGAAAAAAAACAUAAAAAAAUAAUAAUGAUAAAAAAAAAAAGAAAGAAAGAGGAAAGAAAGAAAUCCAUGAGUA